GAGAGAGAGAGAGAGAGAGAGAGAGAGAGAGAGAGAGAGAGAGAGAUAUCAGUUCUGAGAUCCAAGAACUGGUUUUUAGGAAAAGUAGAGGAUAGGGAAAUAAAAAGAUUGCCCCCAAAUCUUUCUUCUCUCUUUUCUGUCUUCUUUCUUUCUCCUUCUCUCUCUCCCUCUCUUCCUGUCCCUCCCACUGUUUUUCUUCUCCAUCUCCCAACUCUUCUUUCCCUCUGCUCUUUCCUCUGGUCUUAGCAGAACUUAUGUGGCUGGGAUGCGGGGGCCCUCGGGUGUCAAAACUUUGAAGAUUAAUGGAUUACUUUGUUAAUGACUGCAGGCGUCAGACUGAGGUGCUUAAAUGAUUUGUGAGGUGCGAGGCGUCUUCCCGACAGUCCCAAACAAUGCGCGGAGUGUGCGGGGGAGGCAGAGGGCAGCCGCUGGCGGGACCCGCAGCAAGGCUCACACUCGCACUCACUCAUACACUCAGACACACUCCCAGGCGCACACACCGAUCCCUUGCUGAGCAGGAGUAAGGCAGGCACCCUGGUCGCGCACUCACUCUCGGGCAUUCCCACCCACAUCCACAUAUAUAUAUUUUUGUCCUGAAAAAAGUGUAAAUAAAGCCUCACUGGCCCCCAAUGAGGCGUUCCUUCCCGACUUUUUUGGAUCAAUCAAACAGACAGUGGCUUCUUUUGAUUAAAGCCCAAAUUGUCAUUGGGCAGAAGCAAUCAUGUGACAGCCAAUUCGGUCCAAUUUCAACCUUGUCUCCAUGAAUUCAAUAGUUUAAUAGUAGCGCGGUCCCCAUACGGCUGUAAUCAGUGAAUUAGAAAAAAAACACCCCAGCAGCGAUCUUCUAUGAUAGAUUUUUUUUUCCUCCGCGCUCGCCUUUUUCCUGGGCCUCGCCCCCCCAAAGCCCCUCCAAAAGAGGGAACUUUUUCUCCGAGGGGGCUCCAAGGAGAAGGCCAUGAAUUACGAAUUUGAGCGAGAGAUUGGUUUUAUCAAUAGCCAGCCGUCGCUCGCUGAGUGCCUGACAUCUUUUCCCCCUGUCGCUGAUACAUUUCAAAGUUCAUCAAUCAAGACCUCGACGCUUUCACACUCGACACUGAUUCCUCCUCCUUUUGAGCAGACCAUUCCCAGCCUGAACCCGGGCAGUCACCCUCGCCACGGCGCUGGCGGCCGCCCCAAGCCGAGCCCCGCGGGCAGUCGCGGCAGCCCGGUGCCCGCUGGCGCCUUGCAACCUCCCGAGUACCCCUGGAUGAAGGAGAAGAAGGCGGCCAAGAAAACCGCGCUGCCGCCGGCUGCCGCCGCUGCCGCCACCACCACUGGCCCUGCCUGCCUCAGCCACAAAGAAUCCCUGGAAAUCGCCGAUGGCAGCGGCGGGGGAUCGCGGCGCCUGAGAACUGCUUACACUAACACGCAGCUUUUAGAGCUGGAGAAAGAAUUUCAUUUCAACAAGUACCUUUGCAGACCCCGAAGGGUGGAGAUUGCAGCGCUGCUGGAUUUGACUGAGAGACAAGUGAAAGUGUGGUUUCAGAACCGGAGGAUGAAGCACAAGAGACAGACCCAGUGCAAGGAAAACCAAAACAGUGAAGGGAAAUUUAAAAGCCUUGAGGACUCAGAGAAAGUAGAGGAGGAUGAAGAAGAGAAGUCGCUCUUUGAGCAAGCCCUCAGCGUCUCCGGGGCCCUUCUGGAGAGGGAAGGUUACACUUUUCAGCAAAAUGCCCUCUCGCAACAGCAGGCUCCCAAUGGACACAAUGGCGACUCCCAAAGUUUCCCAGUUUCGCCUUUAACCAGCAAUGAGAAAAAUCUGAAACAUUUUCAGCACCAGUCACCCACUGUUCCUAACUGCUUGUCAACAAUGGGCCAGAACUGUGGAGCUGGCCUAAACAAUGACAGUCCCGAGGCCCUCGAGGUCCCCUCUUUGCAGGACUUUAACGUUUUCUCCACAGAUUCUUGCCUGCAGCUUUCAGAUGCAGUCUCGCCCAGUUUGCCAGGUUCUCUCGACAGUCCUGUAGAUAUUUCAGCUGACAGCUUUGACUUUUUUACAGACACACUCACCACAAUUGACUUGCAGCAUCUGAAUUACUAAAAACAUUAAAGCAAAAACAAAGCAUCACAAAACAAAAACCCCCGACCAGGUGGUUUUGCCUUCUUUUAUUCCGGGAGUUGAUUUUUAUUUUAUUUUCUUCUUGACCUACCCCCUUACGCCUUUAAAUGUUGAGCAUUUUGUUUAGUGAUUCCCUGAUUCAGUUUCAGAGUCAUCUCUUACAGAUUACAUUGGAGUUUUAGUUGUUUUAAACCUCACCUAACAACCAUUUGUGUGGUUUUCCUGAAAGCAAUAUAUGAGGCCUGCAAGAAAGUGAUUAGAAAUUGUAUCAUCACUUUCUUUUUAUUUUUGUAUUACAUUAGGAUGCAUUGUCAUUCGUAUUUUUGGUAGAAUAAAUUAUCCUUUGCUAUAAGUAGCUUUAUUUUUUUCUCCCCCUCUUUCUCAAGGAUCAUAGUGGUUUCUUUUUUCUUCUUUUAGUCUAACUUGGUAAAUAAAAUUCUGGUCACAAUUUA